AUAUUUGUACUGGAAAUUCUAGAAACAUUAAUGAAGUUAAAGUUAAUGGUGUUGGUGUUGAUGUUGAGACCACUCUCCCUUAUAGCCUCUAUGUAAUAGAGACAAGCUUCAAUAAUAUCUUUGAACCAACGAUUACAGAUAAAACUAACGCCAUAAAAUUAAUGCCACAAUUACAACAAUUACAACAAAUACCAAUGAGUUUAAAAACUAAUGAAUUUCAAUUUAUAUUUAAAUUCCCGAAAAAUGUACUUUAUUUUGAAAUAUCUGAGUAUAAAUAUACCAAUGUCAUAGCAGGUAGCAGUUAUUAUACACGAGAGAAUCCAUUGCCCGGUCCUGUCUCGUUACUUUUAAUUGGUAAUAUCUUGGAUAGAGGUUUCGAUGAUUUAGUUGGUUAUACCGAACGUAUGCGAAAAAAAGCGUUACAAACUCCUAGUUUCUCGAAAUCAUUUGUCAUUUGGACCCAAAAUCUAGUUGAGGAAAUGAUGGGUUUGUGGGAAGAUGGAUCUGAUAAAAAUGGAUGUUUUGAUACAGAACUUGUAGAAUGGAAUACAUAUUUCAAUGAAUUGUUGGCAGGACAAAACAGGAAACCCAAAAAAACUUUCAAGAAUGAUUUGCAUGAUGCAUCGAAAUUCUUUAAUAGCAUUAAAACUUUAAUUAAUCGUGACUGGUUAUUUAGCUUCGUUGAUGAGAUUAUUAGACAGAGAAGGAAAGAAAUUGAAUAUACCCUUCGAAACGAGUCACUACGAUUUGACAUGUUAACCUCUAUUAUAACAGAUCGUGAUAUUUGUGAAAUUAAAAUGGUCGAUGAAGAACAUACACAACCAAUGAACGACGAAAUAAUCCGUGGAGUUUUAUGGAAACAUUUGUCGCUGGAAUUGAUACGGUACACUGCCAACAUGUUUACUAUUAUCGUUUAUUACUUGGCAUAUCAUCCCGAUGUAUUAAAGAGACUUCGAGUUGAGCUUAACGCAUUCUUCAAAAAAAUGGGUGAUCGACGUCUAGAUCUCGAAAGUUUGUCGGAUUUAGUUUACACCGAUGCAAUCAUAGAAGAAUCAUCUAUAAU